GUCUAAGAUAAUUAAUUCAAUGCCCGGAUUGUAAGCGCGCCCGUAACAUUGAUGCCACUCUUGUCCUUCCCAACACUAUCAAUUAAUUAGUUUAUAGAAGAAACAGUGCAAGUCAAUGGAGCACAACACAGAUGAGAUUUUUGAGGGGGGGAGGGAGCUGCAGUUUCGUGUGUAACAUAAUUAAUACCUGGAUUUUCUUUGGAUGACAUUACCAGUGUUAUGACUAUCAGCCUUGAGUUGUUACACCACGUGGAGUAUGCACUACACACGUAACAGUAAUGUGUGGAAUUAUAAUGGAAUAAACAAUUACAAGGCAAUCUGCGGGAUUUCUUUUCUAUAAGUGAUAGUUUCUUUGCGUUUGGUUGUCAAGACAAAGAUUUCUUUCAUAAUGAAAGAGGCAAAAGAGAGCCAUGAAGCACUAGAGACAUUCCGGAACAAUACGUUAACAUAGGACACUUUUGGCGGACUGAACAUCAACGAUUCGUUGGGAAAAAAUUAUGGAAAUAUCAAUGGAAUAAUUUUCUUGAAUGAAACUGAAGGUAAAGAAAUAAGUAUGUGAAGAAAGUUUCACAUUCUAUGGAAGUUACCCAGAGGAAUAUAUACGAUUACCUAUACGAAAUAUGUACCUUGAUAUAUAUUAUGUGGCUGGGUGAUUGUGACGUAUUAUGAUAGUUACAACAAGUAUGGGUGUAGAAAAUGUGUCGUCAGACAAUUUGAUUGUGUCAACAGCAGAAGGUGCUCUCAGCAACGGAAGUACUUGUAUGGAAAGUGUGAAUCUCUCAUAUAUAUUGUGGAAUUGCAGUUGUAUGGAAUCUUCAAAAACAUCGGAUUGUAUUUCUGUGAUAUUGUCUCAAAAUAUUUCCUAUUUCAUUCAUAAUUGUUCUGCUGGGAAUUUAACAGUUGGAAAUUGCUCUACAGAGGACAUUCCACAUGCGGCGGAAAAUCAUGGGAAAACCCUCGCCGAAAUAAUCGCAAUAGCAACAUUAUGUGCAAUUCUUUCCAUUCUUACCAUAGGAGGCAAUUUACUGGUUAUAAUAGCUUUCAAAAUGGACAAACAGUUACAAACCAUAAGUAACUAUUUUUUAUUAAGUUUAGCCGUCGCCGAUAUGACAAUAGGAUUCGUUUCAAUGCCAUUGUACUCUGUGUAUAUAAUAAUGGGAGAAUGGCCUCUUGGUCCUAUUUUCUGUGACUUUUGGUUAUCCCUGGAUUACUUAAUGAGUAAUGCAUCGGCUGCAAAUUUGAUGCUGAUUAGUUUUGACCGUUAUUUUUCCGUCACUAGACCAUUGACCUAUCGUGCAAAACGGACAAGUAAAAAGGUCGGUGUAAUGAUAGCGUGUGUUUGGUUGAUAUCGCUGUUGUUGUGGCCUCCAUGGAUAUUCGCGUGGCCUUAUAUCGAGGGUGUUCGAACUGUCAAAGAAAAAGAGUGCUAUAUUCAGUUUAUUUAUACAAAUGUAUUUGUGACAAUUGGGACACACGUCCUUGCGUUUUGGCUUCCUGUUGCAAUCAUGUGUGUUCUUUAUUACAAGAUAUAUAGGGAAACAGAGAAGAGACAGAAGAGAAUGCCGAUGUUAUUGGCAACGAAAGACUUCAAGGGAUUUAAGAAAAGUUUCUCCCAAGACCAGAACUUAAUGUAUUCACCCAGAUCUUCUUCACUAGAACUGGAUGACGUGUAUGACCUUGCCGAGACCUUGACCCGAAAUGAUAGGUCUUGCUUCUCUCGCUGGUUUUGCUGCAAGAUAGACCGUGAUGACGAGGGCGAUGAACUAAGCAGCAGUGACCCCGCGUCACCGAUGAACCUGUUGCAGGACGACGUGGAAUCCACAGGCAGAUCUACCCACCAACCGAAACACGGCAAUGAUUGUCACCGAAAUGGAGGACACUCCCGUACAAACGGGUUCGUUAUUCCAUUAAUUGCGAUGGGAUCGAGUCGAGCGUCUUCUGUCAUCACUUCUCCGGAAUCAUUAACCAAAACGUCAAGCGCAAACACAGAUUUAUCGGCGAUGACCAAUGAAUGUCAAAGUCCACUUCUUGAUGAUACGGACGAACUUUACACUAUCGUCAUUAAUAUCCCCCGGGAGGAAUCAAUGAACGUAACCCCUAGUCCAUCUAUUCAAAUGAUUGCAGACACGCAGGAAGUCAAUCAAAAAUACAAAUCGGGACCAAAUCGGAAAUCAGAUUACGAACUUGAAAAAAUAUCGGAGGAAGUAGAGCGUAUCUCUGAUGAACAAGGGUUAGUACCAAGCAGUGAAUGUAUUCCAUUACCAAAAGGUACCCCGGCACUGGGACGUCGGACACGAUACACGGAUGCAACUAGAACUGCUCAACAGGCAAAAAUCGCACAACAAGCUGCUUUAAAAGUUAAACAACAGCAAAGAGCGAGGAAGAAAAGAACUGAACGAAAACAAGAUAAGAAAGCUGCAAAAACAUUGAGCGCUAUUUUAUUUGCUUUUAUCAUCACAUGGUUACCCUAUCAUGUUGCCACCCUAGUAGAAGUCUCAUGUCCAGGCUGUGUUCCGAUUACCCUUUACACUUUUGCUUAUUGGUUUUGUUAUAUAAAUAGUACCAUCAAUCCCGUUUGCUACGCCCUGUGUAAUGCCAAUUUUCGAAAGACUUUCUGGAAGAUCCUUACUUGUCGUUGCGCACGCAACCGGACGUUGAUGCAACGUCGUAUGACGUCAACGUACUCAUUUGGUGCUGCUAACAGGUGAUGCAAGGUUUUAACCAUGAAUGCUGUUCGAAUUCAACUAAAGGAAUUAUGACUUGUGAUCCAUGACUGAUUUUAAAAAAUAAAUGUACAUACAAUCAAAUUUUCAUGUGAAGUUUGCGAUAGAAAUGUAAACUGUGAUUAAAAGGACGUCUUAAAAAGAAUGGGAUUACUUUCUAGGUAUUUAUUUUCCAAAACAUACUUUUGUAUCAAUUCCAGCCUUUGUUAUUAUUAGUUUUUGUUACCUUUUGUAUACUUUUCCAACGUGUGAUAAUGUGUUACUUUCAACUGUGUAUGAGAUACCUUGUUAAACAUCACUAAUAUUCAAUUAAAGUCCAUCACUUUCCCACAUUCUUGCAAUUACAGGCGUACACAAGAGAUCCAACUGGCUUGAAUAUUGUGAACUAUAAGUUGUAAAAUAAAUAUUUUACCUUUUAUGGAAUUUCUCGGGGAAACCACCUGAGAUAUCUUAAAACAGGGAUCAAUGGUCGAUCGUUCAUAAGUUAUUUAUAUACCACGCGAUCUACAUAUAUAUGUUUAUAUCAUAAUAUUAUUACAAUCAAUGUGCUGAAAAUGCAUUGUCAUAAAGCAAUCACUAUGUGUUCUAUGUUUAAUAAAAGAGACAACAUUGUGAA